GCCCGGCCAGGCCCCGGGCCCGCUCGCCCGCCGCCCCGCAUGGAGCUGUCAGCCAUCGGCGAGCAGGUGUUCGCCGUGGAGAGCAUCCGGAAGAAGCGCGGCAAAGUCGAGUAUCUGGUGAAGUGGAAAGGAUGGCCCCCAAAGUACAGCACGUGGGAGCCGGAGGAGCACAUCCUGGACCCCCGUCUCGUCAUGGCCUACGAGGAGAAGGAGGAGAGAGACCGAGCAUCCGGGUAUAGGAAGAGAGGUCCGAAACCCAAGCGGCUUCUGCUGCAGCGGCUGUACGGCAUGGACCUGCGGAGCUCCCACAAGGCCAAGGGCAAGGAGAAGCUGUGCUUCUCCCUGAGGCGCCCACUCGGCAGCGGGAGCCCCGAGGGGGUGGUCAAGGCGGGGGCACCCGAGCUGGUGGACGAGGGCCCCUUGGUGCCCACCCUGCCCUUCCCACUCCGCAAGUCUCGCAAGGCCCACAAGUACCUGCGGCUCUCGCGCAAGAAGUUCCCGCCCCGCGGGCCCAGCCUGGAGAGCCACAGCCAUCGACGGCAGCUCUUCCUGCAGGAGUCCGCGACCCCAGACGUCCUGCAGGCGGCCGGCGAGUGGGAGCCCACAGAGCAGCCCCCCGAGGAGGAGGAUGCAGACGCGGCCGACGGGCCCCCUCCCUGGACACCCGCGCUCCCCCAGAGUGAGGUGACCGUGACCGACAUCACCGCCAACUCCAUCACCGUCACCUUCCGAGAGGCCCAGGCGGCUGAGGGCUUCUUCCGAGACCGCAGCGGGAAGUUCUGAGUCGCCGUGUCUGCUCCUCUUAAACUGUUUGCUUCUGGGCUUGGGGUGGGCACUCCCAGAGCUGGGGAGGGCUCCGGGGAGGGGUCAUUAUCUUAUUUAAAAAAUACCGAGCAGAAGGAGGAGUGAAGUUGCCAGCGCCCUCCACCACCCUGGCCUUCCUCCGUGAGGGUGGAGCACAGGGAGGCCUCUGGCCAGGGCUGGGGAGGCCAGCCGUGCUCUGUCACCGGUGCCGUCUCCUGGACAGGAGGGGACGGGGGACGGCCCGCCCGGCUCUGCUGUCACCUCUAGACGCGCACCAGCUGGUUCUAGAAGCUGGAGGAGCUGGAAGGCCCAGUCCCCUCCCUUAGCAGCCCUCCCCUCUUGGGUUGACCCCCUACACCUUUUUUUUUUAGCCUGGGUCUUUGUUGCGAACUUUCCUCUCCGUGUGUGGGAGGUCACGGAGGCCGGCUUCGAGCACAGGGGUGGGGCAGGGAGAAGGGCGGGAGGAAGGGCUUCUCUGCCCCCCAGGGAGCAGCUGCCAGCCGGGCCCCUCUGCUGAGCGCUCCCCUUCCCCCACCACCCGGCCGUGCACGCGCCCAGCACGCAGCCCACUGCACAGGUGUGCACACACUGCCCUUCCGGCUGCGUUCACAGUGACCGUGGGGUCUGCAGCCGUGUCCGCGUGUCCACGUGACCAUGGGGUCUGCAGCCGUGUCCACGUGACCGUGGGGUCUGCAGCCGUGUC